AAGGAAUCCAACCAACAUCAUUGUGAGCACUCUUGUGAGGACGAAAUAAAAAUUCCCCCUGGUGGAAUUCAUUGCGUUUUGCUUCAUAAAGAUGCUCCAGUGGAGAUCAACGUGGUCGAUAUGCCCGCAGUGUCGGCUCCGUUUACUAGGUUCAGCAUUGAACAGGAGGAUCCUUCCUUCUACCAAAGCAACUUUGGCGACUCUAGAAUCGGGAAUGCUACGGCCGCCGUUGCGAGCACAGCUUAUUUCAUCGUCGACAAGGGCAAGGUUUCUGGCGACGUCGAGUUCACGCAGUGCGCAAGAAACGAAGCGAUCGGGCAAGGAAAUCGAAGCCCGCGACCAUUCACCUCCGCCCAUAGAGGAUUUCGACACGCCGCCCGAGCUACGCGAGCCAACACGGAAAGAGGAUGAGGGUCAAACAGAUGGCACGUUUCCCGACGUGGGGGACAGUUUAGAGCCUGGCGGGCUGAGAGCCUCCCCAGAAGAGAUGGCAAAGGCGGCUCGCAACUUUUUUGGAGACUCCCUGCCGCAGGGCGCGUUGACGCACACCGAGUUUAUGAUAUACAAGAGAAUGUACGGGGAGCCAUCAGCCAUAACGACUGAUCACCUGGCCAAGACGUCUGGAGAAGGCCAGGAGGAUAGCGCUGUGCUUCUCAGGGAGAAUGAAGACGGUACCGUCGAUGAGUUUGAAUAUGUCGAGGAACAUGAGGAAAUUGAGAUGGUUGGCCGCGAUGCGGAGCGGCAUGGCGACAAAAACGACGACUUGGACGAGCUGACGGACGAGCCUGCUACCUUGCGCAGGCCGUUGAUCGAUCUGGAGGUUCAAGAGGCGCUCGCCACGGUGGAAGAUACAUCUCUCACGUUUGGCGAGAUCGCGGAGGAGACGGGGCACUCGAGGUCCAGAACGCGAGAUGAGAUCCUGGAGGAGAUUUACGAGAAUUGGCCAGAGGACGACAAUUUCGUCCGCACACAUCCUUUCACGGAAGCGGGCAAGUUCGGCACGAAACCGUCGACGCUCCAACUGCCACGUGAGGCGUUUGUUGCGCCGGUCCAGGCCAUGCUUUCAAACGUAUCGAACAAGCAUCUGAUCGAGGCAGCGCACAAGUCCUUGGGCGGCAUUGGCAUUCCAGACUCCCCGUCCACGCCAGCGAUUGGGCGCAACAAGGGACAACGGCCGGUGCCUCUGACGGCGAUGCAGAGCAAGAUGAGCCCGAUGGAGUCAAAUGUAUUUGUGAGCAGCAUCAUGCCGCAGAUGUACGCCAGCGCCGUCAGCGUGCUCGUGGAAUGCAGAAAGAGAAUGGGCAGCGCAUGGCUGAGAGGGCUGAUACGGAAAGAAGGUGGGCCCUUAGUGCUGGACGCAGGAGCUGGUGGAGCAGCCAUUGUAGCGAUCAGGGAGCUGUUGAGAGCGGAGUGGGAGAGCAUGCAGGAAGACGAUGGCAAAAGCAAGGAGCCAGACGCACAAGGGCGAAGCAGAGCGCCGGUAGGCAAAGCGACGGUGGUAACAGGCAGCGACUCGCUGCGGCACAAGGCCAGCACGCUGCUGGAAAACACGACGUUCAUACCGCGACUGCCAGGCUACAUCGACCCCACGGAGACGGAAAGCAACACGCAGCAGCCGCGAAAAAGGUACGAUAUCAUUGUUGCGUCCCAUGCGCUCUGGUCCCUGACGGAGGAGCACGAACGCAAAGCGCGCACGCAGACCUUGUGGUCGCUGCUCAACCCCAACGGCGGUCUUCUGAUUCUUAUCGAGAAGGGCGUGCCCAGAGGAUUCGAAGUCAUCGCCUCUGCGCGUGAUCUGUUGCUUCGCAAGCACAUCUCUUCCCCCGGAGAUGAAAGCGUCGCGGAAGACCAGCGAAGUGCGUCAAAGGAGACCGGCGACAAGAAGGAGCGGUUCGCGGUGAAGGAGAAGGGGUGCAUCAUUGCGCCUUGCACGAAUCACACACAGUGUCCGCUCUACCCGGUUCCGGGUGUCAGUCGUGGAAGGAAGGAUUGGUGCUACUUCCAGCAACGGUACAUACGACCUAGCUACCUCAUGACGGUUCUGCAAGCGAAGGCCAGGAACCACGACGACGUCGAGUUCUCGUAUCUGGCCGUGCAGAGAGGGGUCGACGUUCGCACCAAGGAGGAUGAUCUGCUCUUCGGCCAAGGUUUUGAGCAAAGAGAUAGCGCGACGGAGAGGGCAAAGGCAGGAUACGGUCCGAAACGAUCGGGCAAGAGGGGAGGAGAGGAGGCGGGCGAGAGACAAAGCGAGAACCCAGCGGCGGCGGCGGAGGAGGAGGAGCAGGAGACCGGAGACGCCGCCCAGCAGCAGCAGCCGCAGCCACACCCGCUGUCGCUGCCUCGCAUCGUCCCCGCGCCGCUCAAGCGCAAGGGCCACAUCCUCCUGGACGUCUGCACGCCCUCCGGCACGUACGAGCGCUGGAUGGUGCGGCGCGCUCUCGGCAAGCAGGCCUUCCGCGACGCGCGCAAGGCCAAAUGGGGCGACCUGUGGGCGCUCGGCGCGAGCUCCACGGAGGCCCGCAGGGUCAAGCUCGGCACGCCGAUCGAGGUCGUUCGCAUGGCGACUAAGAGGGAGAGGGAGAGGUCCAAGGGGUGGCGCAAGGGCCGCGAAGGCGGAAGAGGAAAGUGGCAGUAUGGCGAGGCGGCCAUGGGUGCGUAGACGGUCCGGUUGGUGCGAUCAAUAGAAACUUCAGUCUUGCAACAACUAGUUCUGUGUAACGAAUAAAUCGUGUUUCCGGGGAUCAUGAGGUUGUAUAUAUAGCUUACAGUAUUAUCUUCUAUCUCCAGCAUAGAUUUCGUAGAUCGGUGGAAUUACCGGAUGAACUUAGAUAAGGUCGAACUUCA